AUGAUGCCAUCUUCGAAUGUCCGACAACGGUUUCUUCAAAGACUAACUGAGUAUAACAGGCAUGAGGUUGAGGUUGUAGGCGAUGAAAAUUGCCAAUUUCGAGCAACUGCUCACCAGCUCGGAUCUUCGGAGCUCCACAUGGAUGUUAGGGAACAGCUGAGAGAAAACCAAGCUUCGUACGAGGAAGUUGUUACAACGGAUUACAUACAAUAUUGUGAUGCGAUGGCAAGAGAUAUAGAGUGGGGUAAUCAUUUUACGUUGCAAGCCGCAUCGUAUAUGUUUGGUGUAGUCAUAAACGUGCUUUGUGUGGUGACAUCCACUAACUAUAUGAAUUUGGUUCAAGUGAGGCGGCAAGGCGAACAUGGCGAAGACUGCCGGUGA